CAGACGCUACAACUUCGCAUAUAUCAAGAUAAUAAUAAAUUAGAUUCUAGAUUUUGGAUUACGUAUAAAAGGUGUCCUGUGUAUUCAAUCAGACACUGUUCAUUACGAGCUCUCAUAACUAACAUUAUGAAAUUCCUCAUCGUUCUCGCCGUCGCCGUGGCCUGCGCCAGCGCUGAUGUGUCUCACAUCGUCACCCCCGACUACCAGGUCCCCAUCGUCAAGUCCAACUUUGACAACAAACCUGAUGGCACCGGAUUCAAUUACGCCUUCGAAGCCGGCAACGGUAUCGUCCAGGAAGCCCAAGGUGUUGUCAAGAACCCCAACAGCGAAGCCGCUACCCUCGAAGUUACAGGAAACGUGAAAUACACAGCCCCUGACGGUACCCCAGUUGAGCUUUACUACAUCGCCAACGAAGCUGGAUACCAGCCAACCGGAAGCCACGUCCCCAAAGUCCCAGAGCACGUUCUCCGCGCCCAAGAGUACAUCGCCAGCCACCCCUCCAAAGUCCAAGAAAACGGUCUUAAGGUCUCAGGGGGCGGUUUCGGCAGCAUUUCCGGCAGAACAAGUAUCGAGUCUCUUAUAGGGAAGCGCUAAGCAUGAUUUAAGGAAUUUGUCUGGAUUUUUGUCACGUUAAAUUAUUGCAAUAAAGUCUAAAUUAGUUAA